AUGCUAAACGCGUUCAAGGAAUUCUGCCAACGAGAUGGGGAUGUAUUCGCUGCAGGGAUGGACCAGCUGAGAGCUCAGUUGGAUACGGCUGAACGGUAUCUAAGUAUCAUUGCUGCGUGUAAUGUACAAGGUUUGAAGCGUAUCAUCCCGGAUCGGCUAAUGGAACAUCGCGAAGGAACCACCUGUGACGGAGAAGCCGGUUUCGCCCUGGAUAUGAACAGAAGAAGAAUUGCUGCGAUUCGCACAUCAGCCGGAUGUACUACAUCAUUCGAAGUGGCAGCUGGAGUGGGACAAGAGGCUGUAGAAGAACCUUUUUCGUUUAGUUUGCCAUCCAUAACAUCAUGCGAAGAACAGUACAACAGUGUCCCGUUGAUGUCGUUUCAGCAUCAUUAG